AUGCAUCUGAUGUACACCCUCGACGCCGAAGGCAAGCGCCUCUACACCCUCAAGAAGGUCGCUCACGGCCAGGUCACCAAGUCCGCCCACCCCGCCCGCUUCUCCCCCGACGACAAGUGGUCGCGCCAGCGCGUGACAAUGAAGAGGCGUUUCGGUCUCCUCCUCACCCAGCAGAAGGCUGAGGAGCUGUAA